UUGGAGAACCCGAGCUGUUGUUGCAGUCGACCUCGAAUCGCUUCAGGACUUUCAGCUCAAGGACGUAGACUGUGUUGCUAGCGGCUUGCAGCGGAGGGCUGAGAGUUGUUGAUGCCAAAGGUCUGGUAUGUAUGUGAGGGACGAUGGCUGAAAAGGAAGGAGAAUAUAACUCAUUGAUCGAUGCCAUAUUGACCAAAUAUGGAAACAUGGAAUCUGGUCUUCAUGAUAUGGGAGAUGUAAAGGUCUAUUUCAGUGCUCCUGCAAAGAAAUCACAACCAACGCAAGAUGACACAAGAGAUCUAAAGCUUCCUAAUAUCUUGGUCCUGAAUAGAUGCAAGAUCCAGAGAGCUGGAGAUGAAGAAAAGCUGGCUGAGCUCUGUAAAUGUGUUCAAGAGCUUGACUUGGCUGAGAAUGCUCUAGAUAACUGGCAAGAGGUUGUGAAUAUCACCAGUAAGCUCCCGAGUCUAGAGUUCAUCAACCUCAGCUCAAAUCCAUUACACCUGGCCCCACCCCUAGAAACCCCCUUAGCAAACACAAGAAGUCUAGUCAAUAUGGAUAAUGUACAGCGACUGGUUUUGAAUAAUACCAAACUAUGUUGGGAAUCUAUACAUAGUCUUCUCACUGUUAUGCAGAGAUUAAAGGAGCUUCAUCUAAGUCUGAACGAGUUGAGCAACGUCACUCCAGGAGACUGCACUCACGGGAACCUGAAACUCCUUCAAUUCAAUAACAAUCAAGUCAGAGACUGGCAGGAUGUUGAGAAACUAGGUACUAUGUUCCCCGAACUUGAAACACUUAUCCUCAUGGAAAACCCUAUCACGACAUUAGGCAGUAAUCCCGGAGAUGCAUUCCCAAACCUCAAGGUUUUAUGCCUCAGCGAGACGUUAGUCGAUUCGUGGGACGAACUGGAUAAGUUGAAUGAAUUUCCCUCUCUGACGGAAGCCCUGGUCAAGGGCAUCCCAUUGCUGUGUGUGACGGGGAAGGGGGAUAAGGCAGAGAAGCAGAUUAGGCAGCUGGUUGUCGCUAGGUUGGGCAAGCUGGAGCGACUGAAUAGGAGCGUUAUUACAGAGACGGAGAGGGAGCAAGCGGAGAGAAUGUUCAUUAGGAAGUUUAGAGAUGGUGAUGAAAGACCUACAAGGUAUGAUGAACUGAUCGCUAAACACGGGAACAUCCAAGAGCUAGCCAAGGUGGAUCUGUCCCCACGCACUACAUACGACUGUAAGAUCUCCUACGAUAACAAAUCCUACGACAUCACCAUCAACGUCAAGGACAACGUUCGACAACUCAUCAAGCAAAUCAGCGCCAUCAUCGGUCUCCCACCAAACAAGUUCCGCGUGUACUUCGCAUCCACCGACCCAUCCCACUUGUAUAAUAACGACUGGUUUAGAUACCCUAAUAGGCUUUUACAUAAUUACAAGAUUAGCGAUGGUGAUACUUUUCUCAUUGAGUGCCCGUCAUAGGGUAUAUGCAUUAAUUGCUUAUCAAGGACAGUGUUCUGAAGGUAAAUUGCCAAAUCAUCUACUGCUCACUCGUCCACUCAUCACAUGGUCUAUCUUCCUUUAGUCUAAUGCCAUUCCGUCCAUCAACAUUUCGUCUCACAACCAU